GGGGACGUGUCUCGUCAGAGCCUCAUGAUGCGCACUAAUCAAGAUCAGGACUAACGAGAUUGAACGGUGGGCAGGUAGUUUGCUGGGGUUUAGACUUUGCCGUGCAGUCCAAGUGCGCCAGCCAAGCACAUGGCCCGCCUGGGCGGCUCAUUCUCCCUUUUCCCUGGUGUCUGUGUCAGAGCAGAGAGUGUGUCAGGUCAGAGUGUCAAUCUCUGCUGUAUGAAUUCAAAUGUACCGCCGUUGUGUCGCCGAAAGACAAUGAUGGAACGUUCCAACCUUCUCGAGGUGAUCCAACGCAUGCUUGGCACGUGUUUCAUCGCCCGCAUCCAUCAUCAUCAUCAUCAUCAUCCUUCAUCAGCAUCAUCCGCAUCAUUCUACAGCAGCAGCACCAUCCGCAUCGUCGUCAGCUUCGGCUCCAGCCCGACCCCGUGUGCCCGUCUCAUUGCCAACAUCCGAUCUCUGUUGUGUGUAGUGUCGCAUCAUCGCAGCCCCUUUUCAUCCUCCCGUCUAUUGUUUUAUCUCACCACAUCUCAUGCUGUCAUCAUUCGGCUCAGCUCGAGGCUCUCCUCUUCCGCCUGUAGCCUUUCCUCUUCACUCGCUCUAUAUAAAAACUCGACUAUGGGCACGCAUAUUGUGCAGUAGGAACAUCAUACUGUAUGACUCCUUCGCUUACCACCACUCGCUCACCGAUGUAACCGGCGGCGCAACGACGAAUCUAGAAGGACUCUCCAUUUCUAGUCUCGCUGUGCGCUUCCGAUGAUCACUUCGCGCUCGGGGUUGCCCGCUUUCGCCGCUCGAGCUCUCUCCACAAUUCCAGCUCGCGUGGUCCUCGUCUACAUGUCGAAAAUCACUUUGACAACGAGGAAUACCUAGGCAGCUCAUAAUAGAUUACCUGAUUGCUGAAUU